ACUAAUUUGUUCCCUUAGAAAAGACGGGCAGUGGUCUAUCUGGGUAUAGUUACACAAAUAUUUGAUGUAACGAUAGCACAGUGCCUUUGAGGGCACGAAAGUGGUUACAGAUUAACAGGAUUUAUCGCGUUUUCCUAUGAUAAAGUUAGUCCAUGGUCGCCACUGGUAGGACACUGCCGGUACCAUAAUGGCUCCAGUAGUGAAGCUGGCGGCGAUCUCCGCAGCAAUGGGAAUGGCCUCGUUUCAAAUUUAUGCCAUGAGUGAGGACAAAAUAGAAACCGUGCAGCUCUCCCCUAGAGAGUUGUCCAUCUAUGCUCUAGACCCUACAGUAACACACUACAUGGAUGAGCAGCCUGGAGAUCUGCAGAGUGGGCUGGGUGUGGUCCGAGUGGGGCUGGGGCCAUAUGUUAGAGCCGUUAAGAAUGCUUAUACCUCUGUCAAGGUUGGAGCUGUAACAGUCUAUACUGCUGGACACGAUACAUAUGAGUUCCUGAGAGAUCCUCCUCCUGGUUUCUUCCCGAGGGUAGAGUGUGAUCACAGUCUAGGUUAGCUAGUCUGAUCCUGGCAAGGAGAGGGCCACGUCUGAUGAUGUUGGGGGUUCCUCUGGGUAUGGUCACUGUUGGGAUGGCCGUGUGCUACCCCACUCAGACAGUGACUGUUGUAAAGAUGACUGGGCAGAAGAUGUAUGCAGCCAACCUACACCACCUCAUAUGUGGCAUCAACCUUUAAAUCAAAGCCCAAAGAAGUAACUCCCCCAACUAAGCAGCAAGCCCCACCAACCUCUAUCCCUGAGACAGAAAUACCUGAGGCAAAGCCCCUCCCUGAAGCUGGAUCAUCUGAACCAGUCAUGCCUGCUGUUGACGAGGCUCCUCCCUCUGAACCUGGGUCUGCUCCAGUCCCCAUAGAGGAGGGUGUUCCAUCCAAGGCUGAACCUGCCCCUCAGCCCACCACAGAGGUGGCCCCUGCAGAGGGUUAUAUUGACACUGAGCCUGCUGCAGCUGAGGCAGUGGUGUUGCAAGAGUCUGUUGAGACGGCCCUUGUGCCUUCUGCUGAAGAGAUUCCUCCACUUGCCCCUGUUGAGGAGGUUGCUGCCCCACCUACAGCUGAAGAGACGGCAUCUACACCUGUUGAGGAGGUUGCUGCCCCACCUACAGCUGAAGAGACGGCAUCUACACCUGUUGAGGAGGUUGCUGCCCCACCUACAGCUGAAGAGACGGCAUCUACACCUGUUGAGGAGGUUGCUGCCCCACCUACAGCUGAAGAGACGGCAUCUACACCUGUUGAGGAGGUUGCUGCCCCACCUACAGCUGAAGAGACGGCAUCUACACCUGUUGAGGAGGUUGCUGCCCCACCUACAGCUGAAGAGACGGCAUCUACACCUGUUGAGGAGGUUGCUGCCCCACCUACAGCUGAAGAGACGGCAUCUACACCUGUUGAGGAGGUUGCUGCCCCACCUACAGCUGAAGAGACGGCAUCUACACCUGUUGAGGAGGUUGCUGCCCCACCUACAGCUGAAGAGACAGCAUCUACACCUGUUGAGGAGGCUGCUCCUCCAGCUCCAGCAGAGGAGCCAUCUGGGAUUGUAAUAGUAACUGCUGGGAAACCCAAAUUUGCACCCGACCCCAAGCUAGUUGACCUGGGCCAGGUCAGCCCUGAGGAUGAAGACCUGUACAACAUACGUGGAUGAAGAACGACAGGAGGAAAAGGAGAAGGUGGAGAGGAGCUUGCAGUUUACAAAGACACCCACAGAGAGCAGGGUGCAGGCCAUCAUCUGCAUCCACCACAACACAAGGUUUACUUACCAGAGCUUACACGGAGUGUACAAAACAUUUAAGAACACCCUUUGCCUUCAGAACAGCCUCAAUUUGUGGAGUCCACAAAUUAUGUUACUAACCAAACUGGACCAUUACACUAAAUAUAUAUAUAUAUAUAUAUAUUUUACUUGGGACUACUUGGGUCAUGGCUAUGCUGUCACUUUCUUUGUCAGCCACAUUCACGUGGUGAAUGCCUGUUAUUAGUCCGGUCAGUCUAUGCAAAUAUUUUCCAUGUGGCAUUUCGUAAACGAGUGAGCCGUUUUAACACACAUCCAUGUUUUUAUAGCAUUUGUAAGACUUUAUAUAACUACUGAGUUGAACCUUUUUGUAAAACCCCAAUGUUUAUGGAUUUGUGCAGCUCUUGCACAAGUUAGACACUCACAAAUAAGCCCACAUAGAGGAACCUGGAAGUUAUGUUACAUUAUGAACUGGCCAGUUUGAUAUGCGUGUUUGGAUCAUUGGAAUAAUGUCCUUGUACUUGAUGUCAGUUAGUAUUUUCAAAAGGAAAUGUUUCAAACAUAUUUGUUUGUAUUUUAAUAGAACUGUCAACAUAUUUAAACUUUUUAAAAUAUAUAUAUUAGGCUAUUUUACAGUACAGUCAAGAGGACAUAUUUUACAUGUUUUAUCACUCCCUCUUUUCUUUUUUUAUAAAUGAAAAUCACUUCACGAAUCGACUGCCUUCAAUUUGAAAUCACCCCAGCCCUGAUCUUCACAAUGAUAAUCAUGUUUCAGAUGUGUGUUCUUUGGUGCAAUAGAAUUGCCAAAUAGGGAAUAAAGGCAUUUUCCUUCA